UGUGUUUAAAGUAAUGAUAAUGUAAUCGGGUAUAUUCGUGUGGGUAUGCUCAGUCAUCAAACAACAACCAAACUGAUACGACGUUGUUAGUGCUAUUACACAACUAUGAUAAGAAUUGUUUUGGCCGGCAGAUUGAAAAUAUUACGAACUGUAAUCAAUGGAUUCCCUCCGUCUCGCUACGCAUCCACGGGCAGCUACCUACACAACCCCGGCAGCGCCCCCCUGCAGUACGAGACGCUGGGGCGGGUGCUGCGCGCCGCCGCGGACCGCAGCCCCGGCCGCCGCGCGCUGCGCAGUCGACACGAGGGUGUCGCCAUGACGUAUGAGGAGCUACUUGAUCAGGCGGACGCGCUGGGCUGCGGGCUGCGCGCGCGCGGGCUGCGGCGCGGGGACCGACUGGGCGUGUGGGCGCACAACUGCGCCGCCUGGCCGCUCGCGCUUGUGGCCGCGGCCCGGGUCGGCCUCGUCCCUGUAGCCAUAAACCCGGUCUACGAGAAGCCCGAGCUGAGCUUCUGCCUCAAGAAGACCGGCGUCAAAGCCCUGCUCAUCGGCGACCGCCUCCCUUCUCGCGACUACCACCGGCAGCUGUGCGAGCUGGUGCCGGAGCUGCCGGCGGCGGCGCCCGGGGCGCUGCGGGCGCGGGACUUCCCCGACUUGAGGCUGGUGGUUACGGCCGGCAAGGAGGCGUUGCCCGGGACCAUAACAUGUGAUUCCCUCAUUAAAGACUACGAGAAGCCUUCAAAGAAUGCCGUUACUGCGUAUGGAGCUGAAAUAAGCCCGGACGACGGCUGCAUUAUUCAUUUCACUUCAGGAACUACAGGGGAUCCAAAAGCGGCAUUAGAUUCUCACUUCGGGAUAGUAAACAACAGCUAUUUCAUCGGCCGGCGGAAUACACUACACGAAGGAGAUCACACAGUUUGUGUGCAGGUGCCCAUAUUCCACGCACUCGGCUCGGUGAUCACGGUGCUGACGGCGCUGCGCCACGGCGCGGGGCUGGUGCUGGCGGGACCGACCUACAGCGUUAGCGCUAAUGCUGACGCGCUGUAUGAGGAUAAAUGCUCAGUAGUGAUCGGCACGCCCACCAUGUUCGUGGACCUGGUGGGCGCGGCGCGCCGGCGUGGGACGCCCCACAGAGUGAGCGUGGCGCUGACUGCUGGGGCGCCCUGCAGCCCGCAGCUGUUCAUGGACAUACAGGAGCAUCUCAAUGUGGAGUCUGUUAAGAGCAUCUACGGCAUGACGGAGACGACGGCCAGCGUGUUCCAGUCGCUGCCGGGGGAGAGCAUGGCGCAGGUCACUGACACCGUGGGCUACCUGCAGGACCACGUCGAGGUCAAGGUGGUGGACGACACCGGCCGCCUGGUCCCGUUCGGCAGCCCGGGCGAGCUGCUGGUGCGCGGCUACAACACCAUGACCUGCUACUGGGACGAGCCGGGGAAGACGCGGGAGGCACUCGGGGACGACGGCUGGCUGAGGACUGGAGACUACUUCACAAUAAGCUCGGACGGGUACGGGCGCGUGGUGGGCCGCAAGAAGGACAUCAUCGUGCGCGGCGGCGAGAACGUGGCGCCCAAGGAGAUCGAGGACCUGCUCAAUGAGCACCCGGAUAUAUUGGAGAGCCAGGUAAUAGGCGUCGCGGACGCUCGCCUAGGCGAGGAGCUGUGCGCGGUGGUACGACUCCGUGACGGGGCGUCGUCGGUCACGCUCGAUGACGUCACGAAGCACGUCACAGGGCGCCUGGCGCGACACAAGGCGCCCAGGAUGCUGCGGACUGUGGCGGAGUUCCCCAAGACUGCGUCCGGAAAGAUACUCAAGUAUAAGCUGAGGGAGAUGGUGGAGCAAGGACUGUUAUGAUGAGCACUUGUGAUAAAAGUGAGGGUUAGGAAUGUGUGCCGAUGCGCCGAUACAGCUGAUCUCUGAUCGCCAGGCUCGAAGAUGCGGGUGAUCGCAAAUAAAUAUACGGAUUUUACAGAUG